UGCAUAUGCCUUUAUGGGCGUCGGUCUCUUAGCUUCACAGCGUGCCGUAGCUAAAACAGCCUUGUGGUGCCCAGCUAGUUAUAUCAGAGAAAUACGGGAGCCCGGAUCCUGUAUUCUACCCCAAACAUGGCUUCAUAUUCCACAGUGACUGCCUCCGCUGUCUUAUUGAUUGCAACAAUCCUUCAGUCAGCUGUGUCUCAAACCCAGACAGGUACCGCAGCAGGAAGAGUUAACGUCCCUUGCUUCAGAAAAGGUGCUAUUUGUUAUGAGGCUCCAGUUAAUCCUGGAACGCUGGUAUUUAAUGUAAGUGGACCUACAGGACCCAAAGGCUCCCCCGGGGCAGCUGGACCCACGGGACCAGCCGGACAACAGGGCGCUGAGGGUCCUCAAGGGAUCAGGGGACCAGUGGGGGCCCCAGGGUCGGUUGGACCCCAGGGUGCACAGGGUGUCCAGGGAGAAAGGGGUAACCCUGGGGCACCAGGGAGCGCAGGGCCUAUGGGUCCCCAAGGGAAUCCAGGACCACAAGGUAUUCAAGGAGUGCAAGGACCAGCAGGGCCACAGGGUCCAGCGGGAGGCCCCGGACAGAAGGGAGAGGUUGGGCAACAGGGAGCUAUGGGUCCAACUGGUCCAGUGGGGUCCCAAGGACCAGUGGGUGCUAAGGGCGACAAAGGAGAACAGGGAGUAGUGGGCCCUCAAGGUUCAGUUGGUAAUCCUGGCACCCAGGGCCCUACCGGACAAAUGGGCCCACAGGGCCCUACCGGAGUUGGACAGACCGGUGUAGCAGGUCCCGGCGGAGCUACUGGCCCCACCGGAUCCCAGGGACUGCCAGGGAACACUGGAAGCCAAGGCCAAAAAGGUUCCAAGGGCGAGGCUGGUGUACAAGGUAUCCAGGGGGCUAACGGCAUACAGGGCGUGAAAGGGGAGAAGGGAGACGUUGGUCAACAAGGAAGCCCCGGUCUGCAGGGUAAUGAUGGACGGGCUGGUGUCACCGGUGCUGCUGGACAGAAGGGAGAGCAAGGCCUCCAAGGAUCGAUAGGACUUACAGGCGCCAAGGGAGAAGUAGGCGCUGUGGGGACGAAGGGAGAACCAGGGUUUAAAGGAGACAAAGGUGAAGCAGGAGCCGUGGGUGCGCCAGGUGCUGCUGGGGCCGCUGGAAGCGCAGGGCCAACAGGGGCCACAGGUGUGGCCGGACCCACCGGAGCAGCAGGUUCAAAGGGAGAUAAUGGCGAUCAAGGUGCCAAAGGUGCUGACGGCGCUACUGGUGCGAAGGGAGAGGUCGGUGCCGUAGGACCGGGGGGUGCCACAGGGGCCACCGGAGCUGUCGGGCCACAAGGGCCAACAGGUGCAAAUGGCGCAAAAGGAGAAGUUGGCGCAGGAGGAGCUAAAGGUGACAAAGGAGAGGUAGGACCCGAGGGACAAGUUGGCUUGCAAGGAAUACAAGGCAACGCCGGAGUCAAAGGCGACAAAGGAGAGCAGGGUGUCGGUCUGACCGGUCCCCAGGGUGUGGCGGGCGAUAAGGGCAACGCCGGAGACACCGGAUUGACCGGGGCAAAAGGAGAGCAGGGAUUCCAGGGUAUUAAGGGAGAACCCGGGGUACAGGGAAUACAGGGUUUCCAGGGAGCUAAGGGAGAAGUGGGAGCAAAUGGAGCCCAGGGUCAGAAGGGAGAACAAGGUCUCCAGGGACCCCAGGGUAUUCAGGGUGUACAAGGGGUUGCCGGGCCACAGGGUGAUACUGGUAUACAGGGUGUGCAGGGACAGAAAGGUGAACGAGGUAGUCAGGGCUACAAUGGCUCUGUUGGUGCUCCGGGUGCGACGGGCGGUCCAGGACCGCAGGGAGCCAAGGGCGAUCAAGGCGAACCAGGAGUAACUGGACCGAGAGGAAGUGACGGUACCCAAGGUUCUGUUGGUCCUUCUGGAGCGACCGGUCCUACAGGCCAGGCAGGAGCACGUGGAUCUACAGGACAGACUGGUCCACAGGGUCUAAAGGGCGAUUUGGGCGACAGAGGUGUUACUGGAGCUUCCGGUCAGACCGGACAAGCAGGACCCAGAGGCGACACGGGGGACACCGGGGCGAGAGGACCAACAGGAGAGAGGGGACCACAGGGGUCUAGAGGUGACAACGGACAGACAGGGAUCCAAGGGAUAGCCGGUCCAGCUGGACCACCUGGGCCCUCAGGACCCCCUGGACCACCGGGUGGACCCCCAGGACCCCCCGGACCGCCAGGUCCAGCCUCGCCCUUUGCCACCAACGAGUGCGAGAUCAACAACGGCAACUGCUCUCAGAUCUGUGUGGAUACGUAUGAUGGAUACUGCUGCUCAUGCAGGACUGGAUACAGACUGGAACCCUCACCAUUCCCGGCUGCACACUCGAAAAUAUCAGCUGUCGUGAAACCUUGGACGCAGGCUACCAGUGUAUUUGUAGAAUUGGAGACGACCUGAUACCCAUCAAUGGAACAGACUGUAUAAAUUUUGAUGAAUGUACAGUCGGAAACGGCGGCUGCCAGCACAGGUGCACGGACACAGACGGAAGUUACUUCUGUUCAUGUCAACCAGGG